CAGUGAACAAGGGGUUCAGAAGAAGAGCUCAUGCUCGAAGAAUAGCUAUCGGUCAUCUGCCUCUCCUAAGAAAUCUGGGAUUCGGCCAAAAUUCUCAGAAGACAAAGAGAAUGUACCUUUAAAUUUAGAUAACUUUCCUCUGAAAAGCCCAAAGGUGAUUCAGAGAAGAAAGAAGUCAAUGAGAAGCAGUGAAAUGAGCUUUAUUGUAAAGCUGAAUGAAUUUCUCAGAAUUAGUGAAGAAUACAAGCUUAGUGACGCCUCCUACCAAAGCGACGAUGGCGAGUUUGAAGAUUGAGCAUAUACAAUUGAUAGGUACGAUGACUCAGAAUCUUCAAAAAGAAAUCGCUUCACUCUUGAAAGCGACCAAGUCUGUCUCUGAGGAUACGACGAAGAGGGUAUGCCUAACUGCAAGUGUCCCAGAACUAAGAGAAGAUCCUCCUCUGUUGAUUCUGACGGAUUCAAGUACCUAAAAUAUAGUGGGAUUAACAAGCAAGGAAAAACUAUACCUAGAUGGGCAGUAGACAACAAGCUUUUAGGAAAUUUUUGACGUUUCCAGAAGAAACAGCCUGAAUACACACAACUGUUAGGAAACCUUCGUCCAGAGAAAUUACUGCCUAGCUGAGAAGAUGAUGAUGCUAUCUUUCAAUAAAUUUGUAUGGGAAU